AUGUCUUGGUUGCCCUGGCUCCUCACGCAGUGGCCCUCCUCAGCUAUCUCCCUGCUGCUUCUCAGUGUAGUGGGCAGGCAGACUGGAGUGGAGGUGGUUCAGGCGGUAGUAUGCUCCCGGUGGGGUGCACCAAAUAACAAGAGCCUUUGGCAGGAUGGAGAUGUGGUUAUCGGUGGAAUUUUUAAUCUGUAUUACAUACCUUCACCUGUAGAGAAGGACUUCAUCAAGCUGCCACAUUAUGAACCUUGCACUGGGUUAGAUCUGGAGUCAUUAAAAUAUAUGUAUGCCAUGGCAUUUGCAGUGGAGGAAAUCAAUCGUAACAGCACCCUGCUGCCAGGAGUGAAGCUCGGCUACCGUAUAGUUGAUGGCUGUAGCCGAUACCCCUGGGCUCUGCAAGUUGCACUGUCACUGGUUGGAGGAGACAAACGCAGCUGCAGCUUAACAGCCUCUAUGCCUCAUUCUGCAUCUUAUGAACAAUCAGGAGAAACAAGUAGUCAGCCUAUUCCUUUGCUCAUUGGUGCUUCCUCGUCUACAACAGGCAUAAUUCUGUCCAGGAUCUUGGGACCUCUCUCUAUCAGCUACAUGGCUAGCUGCCCCUGUCUUAGUGACAGGCUCAAGUUUCCUAACUUCUUCAGAACAAUCCCCAGUGAUAUUUACCAAGCACGGGCCAUGGCACGCCUGGCCAUACGCUUCCACUGGACUUGGAUUGGAGCUGUGCUCGUAAACAAUGACUAUGGUCAUUUGGCAAUACAGGUAUUUCAGGAAGAGGUUCAAGGGAAAGGGGUGUGUUUGGAAUUCAUAGAGACUGUUCACAGAGAAACUAUUAUGAGAGAUGCCAGACGGACAGCACUCACAAUUCAAGCUUCCACUGCAAGGGUGAUUCUGAUCUUUUGCUGGUAUACAGAUGCAAAGAAAAUAUUUCUGGAACUGGCCAAAAUAAAUGUGACUGACAGACAGUUUCUGGCCAGUGAGGCCUGGAGUACCAGUGAUGAUCUUCUCCAAGAUCUUGCCAUCUCAAAGGUGGCAAGUGGUGUUCUUGGUGUGGCCAUUAAAAGUUCAACAAUACCUGGAUUUGAGAGUUAUCUCAGAAAUUUGCAUCCAGUUCGUCGUCCUGAUGAUGAAUUCUUAAGAGAAUUCUGGGAGAAGGAGUUUGGCUGCAGUCCAGGGGACACACCUUCACUUUCAUAUUUCUCUUCACCACUCAAAGCAAAGUCUGACCAUCCAUCAGAUGUUUCAUCUCUUGCCAAGGAGUCACUUCAGAAAGCAUCUCUACUCCCAUGCAGUGGCAUAGAGUCCUUGGAUGGAGUGCAGCAUCCUUUUACUGAUACCUCCCAGCUAAGGGUGGCAUAUAAUGUUUACCUUGCUGUUUAUGCUGCAGCCCAUGCUCUUCACAGUCUUCUCUCCUGCCCUAACAGAGACAGCCCUCUGAGAAACAUCUCCACUUGCUCCUCUCCAAACCACAUCAAGCCCAUAGAGCUGUUGCAGCAAUUGAACAAAGUGAAUGUCACCACACCACAAGGGGAAAUGUUUUAUUUUCAAGGAGCUGACAUUCCAGCCCAGUAUGACCUUGUUAACUGGCAGAACACUCCUGAGGGGCCACUGAAACUUGUUUUGAUUGGUCGUGUGGAUGGGUUUGAUGUCCACCUUAACGAAUCAGCUAUUCAGUGGAGCACAGGAUCCAGUCAGGUUCCUGUUUCAGUGUGCAGUGAGAGCUGCCCCCCAGGUACCCGGAUGGCAACCAGGAAAGGGGAACCUGUUUGCUGCUUUGACUGUAUCCCAUGUGCUGAAGGGGAGAUUAGCAAUAAAACUGGUUCCCCCCACUGUGAACGUUGUCCAUCUGCAUUCUGGUCCAAUGCUAAACGGACUGCUUGCAUCCCUCGCCAGCUGGACUUCCUUUCCUUCAAUGAAACUUUGGGCAUUACUCUGACUACAGCAGCUGUAUCUGGUGCCACAGUGACAACAGCUGUGUUUGUGGUUUUUGUUUGCUACCGUCAAACACCAAUGGUGCGAGCCAACAACUCAGAACUGAGCUUUUUGCUUCUUCUGUCACUGAAGCUCUGCUUCCUGUGCUCGCUGGUGUUCAUCGGUCGUCCAUCAGUCUGGGCUUGUCGGUUCCAGCAGGCAGCUUUUGGGAUCAGUUUUGUACUUUGUGUUUCCUGCCUCCUGGUAAAAACCAUGGUGGUUCUGGUUGUUUUUCGCUCAGCUCGGCCUGGUGCUGAAGCCUUGAUGAAGUGGUUUGGUCCAGGCCAGCAAAGAGGAAGUGUCUGCCUCUUUACCUGUAUACAGGUUAUCAUCUGUGCCAUAUGGCUGUCCCUCAGCCCCCCUGUGCCUCAACAAGAUCUUGGUUUCCAAGGGUCAAAGGUCACCCUGAAGUGUGCCAUGGCGUCUGUGGUGGGCUUCUCUCUUGUACUGGGUUAUAUUGGCCUUCUGGCCUGCACCUGCCUUCUCCUGGCAUUUCUUGCUCGAAAACUCCCUGACAACUUCAAUGAGGCCAAACUGAUCACGUUCAGCAUGCUGAUCUUCUGUGCUGUCUGGGUGGCCUUUGUCCCAGCUUACGUUAGCUCUCCUGGGAAGUAUGUUGUUGCUGUGGAAAUUUUUGCCAUUCUUGCCUCUAGCUAUGGUUUACUGCUCUGCAUUUUUGCCCCAAAGUGUUUCAUUAUUCUUUUGAGGCCAGAGAAAAACACUAAGAAAUAUUUGAUGGCUAGAUAG